ACGCCGCCGACUCGUCAACGGAGGCGAAAAAGGGGGAAUUAAAGUGAAUCCGUUGGUGGGGAACAAAGUACGGAAGGAGGGGACGGCGGCCAGGAAGCGGGGCGAAUUAGCACAACUUACUCUCUGUUAACAUAUAUAGGUAGGGUUAUAGCGUGGUUCAUGUGUGUGUAGUGCUGAAAAAGAGAUAAUGGACAACACCAGGCGGACUGUUGUGGUGACAGGUUUUGGCCCCUUUGGAGAGCAUGCUGUCAAUGCUAGCUGGGUGGCAGUGCAGGAGCUGAAGAAACUGGGCUUGGGCCGUGAUGUGGACCUGUAUGUCUACGAGGUGCCUGUUGAGUACCAGGCAGUCCAGAGCCUGGUACCAUCGCUAUGGAAACAGUACCACCCACAAUUGGUGGUCCAUGUAGGCCUCUCUGGAAUGGCCACUACUGUCACCCUUGAGAAGUGUGGUCACAACUACGGGUACAAGGGCCUGGACAAUUGCAGCUUCUGUCCCGACUCGCAAUGCUGUGUUGAAGGUGGGCCAGAGUGCAUCGACUCGGUCAUCGACAUGGACUUGGUCUGUAAGAAAGUGGCGGCUUCUGGCCUCGGCGUGGCUGUGUCCGUGUCCAAAGACGCUGGAAGGUACCUGUGUGACUACACCUACUACACCUCGCUGUACCUGAGCCGGGGACGCUCCGCCUUUGUGCAUGUGCCCCCCCUCGACAAACCAUACAGUGCGGAGGCGCUGGGCAGGGCUCUACAGGCCAUAGUGCAGGAAAUGCUGCAGCUGUUGGUGCAGGCCGAAGAGAAGAUCCGCUGUCAACACGCUCACUCAUAGGACACCAGUCUGGAGCAGCAGAAGCCAGCCUCUGCCUGGGAUGGUAGCGGACCACGGUCAGCCCCAUGACGACCAGACGACCUCUCUGAAGCCAGCUCCCAGCUUCCGCCAUACAGAUGUUUUCCCUUUGGCUGUGCAUCUGCCUGUUCAGGAACACAUCCAGAAAAGUGGAGGACAGAAGUGAGAUUCUUUUCCCAAUAUGAUAUCUGGCUCGAAUGUGCUUAUCAACUUGCUGACAUGACAGGUUAUACAGUUAGAGUGAGAGGGUUUAUCAUCAUUGUCAUUGUGGUCCUCGUCGUCAUCGUCAUCAUCAUCGUCAUACUGUAGGGUUAGAUGGGGCCAGACUGAGAGAUCAGGAAUCUGACAUUAUAUGUUGGCUACAGUGCCCUUUGCAUUGAGGCGCCACCGUGCCAUAGUAAGUCAACCUACAGACUUGUUUGUCCUUUUCACUACAUCUGUUUUAGUUCUGCCAUUUCAUAACUAUUCCCCAGAGGCCCCAGUUAUCCAAUGUAUGUAUGCGUGUAUUUUUGUGAUUUACCAGACCAUAAUUGCACCAACAAGGUUUUAAGGAAUGAAUGAUGGAAGUAAUUUCAAGGUUAACUGAUUCUAUAGUUUCUAUAAUUUCAUAGUUUCAAAAAUGUGUUCCUAUAUUUUUGGUGACUUAGUUCUAUCUGCGAUGUAAAUCCACUUAUCUACCAGCAAGUAAUGUGAAUUUGCAUGAUUAGAUGUAUGUUCAUUUUGAAUUCCCACAGAAACUUUCAUAUUAACAUAACACUCACAUUAUAUAUUUGAUAAAUGGGUCCCCAAUAAUUUUAUUUCCUUUAAAUUUAGUUUCUUUUUCCUUAUAAUUUCACAAUGUGAUUCUCAGUCUUAAUCACUACACAUACUGAAUUCCCAAACGGACAUGCUGCUGGACUGCUCAUCUUUCCAUAGGGUUUCUUUUGUAAUACUGAAUGCCUGUUUGCAUUUGUGUUGGGUUGGGUUUAUGUAGCGUGUUUAGUUUCGUGGACUCAGAAUGUUAUGGGGGAGACUGGGAGAGGAGUCUUUGCCCCUUAGCCUGAGCAUGAAGGACAUAAACCUCAAAGGUACAGAUCUGGGUGGGUGCUUCCUUCGCCCCGCCACUGUCACCCACAUCUCUGGCCUGAUCCACUGUCUUGUUUUCUCGUCUCUUUAUAAGAAGUGGUACUGUAUCUUCAAUUACCAAGGUUAUUCAAAUCAGGGAGGUUUUUUUUAAGUUCACACAUGCCGUUUUGAAUAUGUUAGUUGUACACAGAAUAAUUCCCACUUUUUCAAGCUGACCCUGUGACUUUCUCUUUGCUUAUCUGCAGCCACAUACAGUAUAUUUAUGAAUCAAAGAUUUUAUUAAACAGUUUUAUAUUUGACCCUAGUGGGCCCUGGAUUGUUAUAACCUGGGACACAUCAGAUUUAAAGACACAAAGCCUCAUCAGUACAUACCAAUUUAAUACUGUGAACAGAUUCUAAGACACAAAGCCUCAUCAGUACAUAUUUAUCUGAUACUGUGAACAGAUUUUAAAAGUAUCCAGAAAAUUUACAGAGACCUGAUUUUAAAGCAAUACGAUCUGCACGUUUGCUGCCAUGUGAAAAGGAAAUAAAUUCUUAAUCUGAUGUACUUUCCUGCUCGUUUUGCUGUGAGGGAAUUUGCAUUCUCUCGAUAUAGUAGUUUGUGGACUUCAUUCCCAAUAAACUGCUGAACCUCAGCCAAAUUUUGGACAUAUUUUAUAAAUGUGAUGGAGUGAAUGAAAAUAAGUUAAACAUACCAGCAAACAAUCUCUUCACAGUAACAGAAACGGGGAGUUUUGUCUCCGUUAUUCUGCCCCAGACGAGUCAAGCCCAUCUCUCCAGUGGCACUACUGAAGCGCUAUAUCAAACUGGCUAUUUUACAUUUUUUAAAGACAUUUUUUCCAAAAUAUUGUUAGAAUCUUUGUAUAAUUUUUUUUUUGUUUUGUUUAAAUUGAAUAUUCUUAAAUUCAGUAUGUUUACCUAAUUAUUUGGGUAUACAUCGGCAACUAUUCCAGCUAUUUGGAUAGAUUAGUGAAAUUUGAUUUUAGAUUCCUUUAUUGUUCUUUGUGCUUUUGAUAUAUUAUAUUGAUUUUCUGAUGAGGAUGUUUGCUGUAACCAUUAGAAAAUUCCAGAGAACAAUGCAGUACAUAGGAUCUGCUGAGCUGUCUCUAAAAGUCCCAUUCCAUGGGUUGGUCACCCUGCUCCAAGGUGUUACCCACUGAAGUAGAAGCCUGCCUUCUAACCAUUACCCUGUGUGCUGAAUUUUCCUUUAUAUGAGCACAGAUUCUAAUUGAACAAAAUAGUGUUAAACCUGCAUUUCGGCUAAAACUUUGGUUUUCUAGGUUUGAAGUAACAGCCCCUAGACUCAGUGUAAUGAGCUGAUCAUUUAGUCAUUUUGAAUGAGUUGUCAGUUUCUAAACAAUGACUGCAAAUGAUAUUGGGUGUGAGUGCUGGGUUAUGAAAAUGUGAUCAUGGAUUGAUUUUUCUGAUGUGAUUUUUGUUACGUUAUGGAAGAUCUUGUAAGCAGUGCCUUUUAAAACCACAAGUAUGUCACAAUUUUAGAAAGGGCUGUUUAAUGGCUAGCAGAUUUAAAAAAUUAAUAAAAAGUAUAUUGGUAAAACUAACGCAUAUCUACUCUAUAAUUCCCAUUAAAUGGUGUUUCCAAAAUCCUGUUUCUGCUAAAUUUAUAUGUAUACCUACCUCUUAUGUAAUAAUUUGUUUUUAUUUUUCCUGCUAUAAUAUAUUAUGACACCUAAAUUUUUACCAAACUCCUCUAUACAGGAAAUAUAUUUUCCCACACAGAUUUGGGCUUUUGGGCUGAAACAUGACUCUUUAUAACCUUGUGACCCUGAAAAGGGCUUCAUGAGCCCAGUAGUUGUUCCGAAUUCUCCAAAUAAAUAAAAGAAUGUAAUUUUCAAUUGA